CGAGCGAGUCGAUGAGGCCGAGCGAAAGGUAGGACCCCGCUGAAGUGCUCGGCGGCUCGGGGGGCGGCUCGCCAUCUUCUCCAGCCUCUCGGCCUUCAUGCAGGAUGCUGUGUUCUGUGCUCUUUUGUGAAUGUCUGUGGCUGAUAACUGCUUAUGCUCAUGAUGAUGACUGGAUUGACCCCACAGACAUGCUUAACUAUGAUGCUGCUUCAGGAACAAUGAGAAAAUCUCAGGUGAAGUAUGGUAUAUCAGAGAAAGAAGAGGUCAGUCCUGACUUAUCACAUGCUGAUGAAUUGUCAGAAUGUUACAGCAGACUUGAUUCUUUAACUUAUAAGAUCGAUGAGUGUGAAAAGCAGAUGAGAAAAGACUGUGAAAGUCAAAGCAAUCCUGUUUUUAGGAGAUACUUAAAUAAGAUUUUAAUUGAAACCAGAAAGCUUGGCCUUCCUGAUGAAAACAAAGGUGAUAUGCAUUAUGAUGCCGAGAUUAUCCUUAAGAGACAAACCUUGUUAGAAAUACAAAAGUUUCUCAGUGGAGAGGAUUGGAAGCCAGGAGCCUUGGAUGAUGCACUAAGUGAUAUUUUAAUUAAUUUUAAGUUUCAUAAUUUUGAAACAUGGAAGUGGCGAUUUGAAGAUUCCUUUGGAGUGGAUCUAUAUAAUGUAUUCAUGAUGCUUCUGUGUCUGCUCUGCAUCGUGGUGUUAGUAGCUACUGAGCUGUGGACAUAUGUUCGUUGGUACACCCAGUUGAGACGUGUUUUAUUCAUCAGUUUUCUCAUCAGUUUGGGAUGGAAUUGGAUGUAUUUAUAUAAGCUAGCCUUUGCCCAGCAUCAGGCUGAAGUUGCCAAGAUGGAGCCAUUAAACAAUGUGUGUGCUGAGAACAUGGAUUGGACUGGAAGUCUCUUGGAAUGGCUUAGAAGUUCAUGGACCUAUAAGGAUGACUCAUGCCAAAAAUACUAUGAGCUCUUAUUAGUCAACCCUAUUUGGUUGGUCCCACCAACAAAGGCACUAGCAGUUACAUUCACCAACUUUGUCACGGAGCCAUUGAAGCAUAUUGGAAAAGGAGCUGGUGAAUUUAUUAAAGCACUCAUGAAGGAGAUCCCAGUGUUACUACAGAUUCCAGUGCUGAUAAUUAUGGCAUUAGCUGUCCUGAGUUUCUGCUAUGGUGCUGGAAAAUCAGUUGAUAUGCUGAGACAUGUGGGUGGCCGUGAAAGAGAACCACCCCAGGCACUUCAGCCAGGUGAAAGAAGAUGGCAGCAGGAAAUUGAUUAUAGACCCCAUGGUGGAGCAGGUGAUGCAGAUUUCUAUUACAGGGGCCAAAUUGGCCCCAUUGAGCAAGGCCCUAAUGACAAAACAUGUGAGGGUAGAAGAGAUGUUUUGAGAAAGAGAGAUGUUGACUUGAGAUUUCAGACUGGCAACAAGAGCCUUGAAGUGCUUCCGGCAUUUGAUUUACCAGACGCAGAGGCGAGAGAGCAUCCCAAGGUGGUACCCAGUCAUAAAUCACCUAUUUUGGAUACAAAGCCCAAAGAAAUUGGUGGAAUCUCAGGAGAAAGCACACUGACUGAAAGCAGCCAGUCUGCUAAGCCUGUCUCUGGCCAAAAGACACCAGAGUGUGUGGAAGGUUCCCCUGCAGCGGAAAAGGCCCAGCUCAGGACUGAUGCCACAGGCGGCCCAGAGGAAGGCAGCACGUCCAGCCCAGCACUGCAGUGAGGGUGUGUGGAAGGGAUCCAGACUGCAGCCCAUGUGGCUAGAGGAACACAGACAUGGACCACAGCUCUGAGGUCAUCUUUGAGUUUUGUAAAGUAUACUCCUCACAGCUAUUUCUUCUUCUCUACAAAUAUUCUGUUAUUUACUACACAGGUGCCAACUUAAACAUCAGUAUUUUUACUCAUAAUCAGAAUUAACAAGCACACAUGUAUCUCUGUUUAAUUUCAUCUUUCUUUGAUAUUAAGAUGCAUCCUAUAAAGUUUUGAAGUGUUAAUUCUGGAACAGGAUCUCAUAGAUGACAUAUGGCAAGCAUUAAUGAUUUUGAAUAAUCAAAGAGGCCAGUUUGAAUUAGGGGACAUUGAAAAAGAAGUUCUGUUGUUUACAGGCAUAUAUAGGAACCAACUCACCAAAGUGUGUGUUGCCUCGUGGAAGUCCUGUGAUACCUACUUUAGUUAACAGAAUUAUUUGUUGUGCACUGGACUCAGAAUAUUUCAAGUGGUAGGUACUCAAAACCAACAUUUAAGGAAAGUCACUGUAGUCAUGCUUACCCUCUUCAUUCACUUCAGCAUUUUAGUGCAGCCACGGAGUCUGCAUCACCAGUGUCAGUCUGCCUCGUGUAGGCUGCCUGCAGAUCAGCCUUCAUCUCUCAACUCUUACCGCUAUUACUGGGCCUGCUUCCUUAUCACCCCCUUUACUUUAUCCUUAGCUAAGACAGAACUGAAGAUUGUCAGGGGAAUUUAGAUUACAUAGCUUGUUAAGUCAGCAAUCUCAGUUUUACAUCCUUUGAGAAUGGCUUUAUUUCCCCAGCAGAUGAAGUACACAGGCUUUAUAAGACCUGUUUUCCUUGCUACUCAGAAUCCCAGCAGUUGUGAUUGUUAGAUAUUACUAUAUCUUAUUUAUAUUACAGUAAACCAUAUUGUCCAAGCCAUAUGAAGUUCUAAUUUUUAGAGAUCUAUACAAAGAGAGGAAUAAAUACCACAAUAAGGAAAACAGAGUAGGAUGGUUUUUUAACCCUAGACAGGUGAUAUAAUCAACAUUUCAAAUUAGUUAUUCUGAUUUUUAAACUAUUCUUCAUUUUAAACUUUCUAAAAAAGGAAUUUAUAAAUUUUGCACAAGAUUAACUAGGAAGCACAUAUAUUACACAUAUUCGGGUAUCCUUUAUCUUAACCUUCAAACUACAGUUUAUAUUCAGCUGCUUACUAAAAAUGAUAGCAGUCAGGAAUGGUCUUAAAAGUUUCAUGCAGGCAUUUCUUUCAGAAAAAAAGAUGUAUUUAAAGCCUUUGCUUUUUUUUU